ACUACUGUAUUGCUUGCCCUCUGUAAUGAGGUUUGGAAAUGGGAUUUUGAGGUCUUCCCCACGCAGUUAGUCCAUCAUCAGAUCAUCGAUCAUCAUGCCAAGUGACAAGUUCAGACAGAGAAAUCCAAAGAAUAAGCAGACUAAAUUUCAGCUGGUUUUUGAUGAAGGAAGCAGAAGUGAGUUUCUGACCGGCUUCCAGCGAAGAAAGAAAGCUCGAAAGAAGAUUGCUCUGCAAGAAGUAGAGGAGAAGAGAAAAGAAGAUAGGAGGAAAGAAAGACAGAAGAGGAGGGAUGCUCUGGAAGAAGAACUGAAGAACAUCAGACUUCCUGAUCUGGUAACAUCAACUCAGAAGAAGAAAGAUGAGGUGUUUGAUCAUCCGGAACACACAGUAACGGUUACAACCAGCCUUGAUCUCAAGAAAGAACAUGGAGGAAUUGGAGAAAAUCAGGUUGACUAUGAUGAUCCAGAUGAACUAGAAGAGGAGGAUGGGGAGGAGGAGAGCGGAGAU